GGACGGUCUGUUUUCUGAGGUGAGUCGGCACCUAGAGGCGGCGGCAUUAGAGUCCGUUCGUGGACGUCACACUGACCCUUUGCAUCUUGCCCGUUUGACAUCCCUUCAGGGCGCAGAUGCAGGCGCGUGGCUCACGGCGGUCCCUUAUGCAGAUCCACUGCGCAUCCCGGAGGCGCAGUGGCAGGUGGCUUCAUGUUUUCGCCUUGGUCUGUCUAUCCCCCAGUUAGCCCUUACAGGUCAUUGCUCGUGCGGACGGGAGAUCGAGGACAUGUCGGUGCCCCACCACGUCGUACGCUGUCAGCACUACCACGUCACCACGACCGUCCACAACGCCGUGAAGUACGUCCUUCGCGACAUCGCGCGCGAGGCGGGUUUCGCGGUCAGGGUGGAGGACACGGCGCUCAUCCCACACCUGGAGGAGGCUGUCGCGCCGGACGCCUCGACCUGGGUAGCACAAGGAGGGGCGGCUCUUGCCCAACCCCCCUCGUCAGUCCGCCCCCAACCCUGUUCCACCCCAGCAGGGGGCGGUCACACGGCAGCCGCUGAUUGGACAGUUUGCCCAACCCCACACAGGUCGCCGGAAGAAGGGCAAGGGCACGGGGACACCCGGGGCAGCCCGGCGCUCGGAGCAGCCGGACACGACUCCACCCUCUGCUGGCGUGCAGCCCUUACCAUCCACCACCCCUCAGGCGACCCCAUCAUUGCCCCCGGCCCGCCACCCACUGCCCUCCCAUAACCAGGAUGGCGAGCUUCGGACGGCUGGGCGGAUUCGGCAUCCGCCGCAUGGCGCGCGCGGCGCCAGCGAGCUACCUCUGCUCCUGGGCGCAGUGCGCCCCCAUCCUCUGCUCCCUCCCACAGAUCGCACUACCACGUCACCACGACCGUCCACAACGCCGUGAAGUACGUCCUUCGCGACAUCGCGCGCGAGGCGGGUUUCGCGGUCAGGGUGGAGGACACGGCGCUCAUCCCACACCUGGAG